AGCAUCUGUUUGCCAAACUGGUUACUGGUCAUACAACCCCAGCUCACAAAAGAUGGACUAUUCCUUUAAGUGUCUAUAGGAUUUCUUCAUUUCUGGACCAGUGCAUCCAAGAUGACUGGAAGGCUGUUCACAAAUGUAGAGUCACAAUAAACUCUCCUUCCCUUGAAACUCGUCUCACCGUCUUUGCCUUGGCCUCUUGACCUCGUAAUUCAGCUUUACCUGCGUCCCAAAGUAUCAGAGGGGAAUCCUCGUUGUUGUCAUGUUGUGCCUCAGGUGCCCCACUUGUGCACUAGAGGGAGUGAGCAGUGCUUGCAGUGACCAGACUCUGUGUGUGAGAUCAGAGAUUCGAAGGAGAAGCAGGGAGGAGAGAGAAUAACAAAUGAGAUGGGGGGGCAGUUUGCGCUCAAGCAAUCGCAGGAGAACAUUCGUGAUCUUAAGUCCUGGAACCUGAUGUACACACCAUGUAUGAGCUUUAGAAGAGGUUCUUGCUUUAUGGAGGGCCCCCCCCCCCAUCUUGUGUCGCCAUGUUUCUACAGGAGCCUGAAUGGACUCACCAGCCACAGCACCCAUGUUGCGUGAAGGUAGGCGGAUUAAUCAAUCAAGUUCUUCAAGUUUUAUUUUCCAAGAUAUUAGAAGCCAUAUCUAACCCCCCCAAGAUUGAUUUUUGCUCUUGAGUGAAAUAAAUCAGUUCAUUUAUUCUUCUUUAUGGGCAGAAAACAACAAACAUGUGUUACACAAUGUUUAAAUACUAUAUAAAUGUACUGAAUGUUUGUUGCAUUGCAGCUGAAGACCAAAGACCAUAUUGUGGUCCAUGCUGUGAUUUAAGUCACCAGCCACACUGUUAGUGUACUGACUCUAGUUAACCAGUUGUUCUCAUGUGUCCUAUAACAGUGGAAGUGCAAUUGUGUGCCUGUGUACUUUUGAACAUCCCGCAGUAAAUAACUAACAUUUUAAAAGAGAAAUGCAUUUUCUUCUCAUGUAAAAAACAUUUCAGACAAUCUAUUUUCUGCAUCACGGUGCAAUAGCGGUGUGCUUCGUGUGGGGGAAAUAAAAGACAAAGAGACACUGAGUGAGAGAGCAGUGAGGCUGGUGUUGGGACCAGAGUCCGAUCUUAACUUUAAACAAAGAAAGGUGUCAUGGAAAAAAGGGAGUUUUUUUCCCCUGAGAAGAAUCAAAAUGACAUUAUUAAACAAGACCACUGAGUCACUGAAAACCUUUUUUUCCCGAAAGGUCAGGUACGCCAUGUGAUUUAGACUAUAUACAUGCAUGAAAAACUGAAAACAGGAUAGGUUAUAAUGUGAAAAUAACGAUGUGGACAACACACUAGGACCAUUAACUUAGAUGAGUGACGUAAAUCAGCCUUAAAGCAAAGCAUGCUGUGGCUGUCAUAACACAGAAAGUGGGAAAACCCUGAAUACAGUCACAUGUAACUGUCAGGAAACCAUGAUAAAACUGCCUGUGAUUUUCCUGCUUGUAAAUAAAUAAAAAACACAUUUUUUAUUAACAAUAAUAUUGCAUCAUAUGAUAAUACUGUUGUAUAAUUUCAUCUAUUUAUGUAAACAGCACGGUCAUCUCUGCGUCAGAGCCUUAAUUAAAGAGUUCAUGACGUGAAUUUCCUGUUGUAAAAAGGCGGACAGCAAAUUAAAAACCACACUAUCAAACAUAAUGUCGUCUCAGGUAAUUAUACUGGACAACAUUACUACAGUUUUACUCUAGAAAUACAGCAUUCGAGCCGGUCGUAUACAUGUCCUAGAUUUAUAUUCAUAAAAUGCAGAAGCAACACACGCAGGGCACACACCAUGCAUUUCAUCUUGCUAUCACAUUCGCUGUAAUCGGUUUUGCUCGCUGUUUGAUUCAAUUUGCACGUCAGUGUUGCACGAGAACAGCUGAGGCUUUGAGUAAACACCUCGCAGAGAAAAAGAACAAGGUUUCAAGGAUGUGUUCACCCCUUUCUCUCGCCAUUAGACAGCCUUUUGUGAAAGUCGUUGUGGUCUACUGCUUCCCCUUUCUGGUGAGUUUGCGUCACCGAGGUAAAUCUGAAUGAAGGAUUUUCUCAAUUGGCUAAAAUAAGUAUAUGCAGUUACUGAUUUACUUGUAUUUGUGACCUCUUAAUGACCUUUUUCUGGCAUUAACACUGACCUUGUGUCAGCCCUCUACACUGUGUAUAUUUGAUUUUGUCAAGCCAUGAAAACAAGAAAAACAACUGAAAAUAUCAGUUCAAAAUCAGUUUUUCAUGUGUGCAGCAGCUCUUUAAUAUUCAAUUUGCCUCUAUUUAUCUGUAUUUCUUAAAUUUCCUAGUGAUUAUUUAUUCAUCAUUGUAUUAUUUUGUCUUGACUUUUUGUCCGUCCCUGCUGUUGUAACACUGCACAUUUCAGAGAAGUAAUAAUGAUCUUAUUUUAUCUCCUCUUGUGCCUUUGUAAAAACAUUUGCACAGGUGAUAAAAUAUUAUCUAUAUAUGGUGAAAUGUGAAAUGCUUAUUGUCAUUUGUGUUUGUUCUUCGCCAGGAGCGCAGAUGCCACAGAGGCCUUUGAGAGCAGCACAGAGCGAAUGAAAUGACGGCCCGGAAUUUGUUUUCCACUCAGCGAUCCACGCUUUUGAAAAGUUUGGAAAUAAGUACGUGAAGCACUUUUCCCGUUUUUCUCCUGGGAUUCAAACAGCAGCACGGUUUCAGUCACGUGGUGCCUGAGGAAGGAGCGCACCAUGAUCUCCACAGCCCUCCGCUGGGUGUUCCUAUUGUCAUUUAUCAUUCUGACCAUUGGUGGGAACGUACUUGUGUUUCUGGCCGUGGGACUCAGCCGUCGACUGUGGCGCAUUGCUAAUUGCUUCGUGGUGUCACUGGCAGCGACAGAUCUCCUGCUCGGCCUGCUGGUGCUGCCCUUCACCGCCACUGUGGAGCUGCGUGGUGGCAAAUGGUCCCUGGGAGGAGCCCUGUGUAACAUCUACCUCUCAGUGGAUGUCAUGCUGUGUUCAUCCUCUAUCUUGACCCUGAUGGCAAUCAGUGUGGACCGAUACUUGGCCAUUUCGGCUCCUCUUAGCUACUCACGGAGAGUCACCCCACUCAGUGUGACGCUGGCCCUAAUCGCCAUCUGGACCAUGUCCCUUACUAUGUCCUUUGUACCCAUCCACCUUGGGUGGAACACGGUGGACUACAGGGUGCAGCACUCAGACUGGGGCUUGGGGGAUGAGGACAAAAAGGAACACUACUGCCAGUUUGAAUGGAACAAUAACUACGUUCUUAUUUAUACCUCUGUCGCAUUUUACCUGCCUCUGCUUCUCAUGAUUGGAAUGUAUCUUUGCAUAUUCAGAGUGGCACAAGAACAGGUGCGGCGUAUUCGUGCUGCCACGCCAUCGUUUCCACGUAUGGCAUCAACUGUUGCCACAGUCCGUGAGCAUAAGGCCACAGUGACCCUUGCAGCUAUUCUGGGGGUGUUUGUCAUCUGCUGGUUCCCUUACUUCACUUACAUCACCUGCGAGCUGACUGUUUCGGACCCCUAUCUGUCAAGCUCAGUCGUGGAGUGGAGAAAUGCUGGGGCAUCCUCUUCAAGUGUCUGACUACCCAUUGUGUUCACCUGGAAAUUUGGAUGCUGAGGCAUUCCUUAUGGACCCGAGGAGGCAUCAUAAUCCUGUCUGACAGAGGUACAAAUUUCAAGGCAGGAAAAACUAAAGUUCCAGGAGCAACUUCGGUUCGAAAAAUCUCCUUCAGGUUUAUUCCAUCGCACUCCCCUCUUUUGGUAGUGCAUGGGAGUGAGAGAUCGAGUCUACAAAGUCUUGAUAGUUGUCUUAGGGGACCAAGCAGUCAGUGAAACUCUGUUGCUGAUCGCUGUUGAUUCACUCCGCAUGCAUCCAUGCAGAAAACGUUCUAAUACUGUCUAAGAACUCCUGCUCCCAGCGUCCAAUGCAUUUCACAUCUAUGUGUGAAGUAGUGAUAAAGCAGAAUCCUCUAAUCUCAUUGCUGGUCAACAGCCCGUCAAUGCUCCGCAACUCCAUAGAAUUUGACCGGACCCAAAGUCAGCCAGAACACCUCACUUCACCCCAUUGACUCAAAGUAUGAGGCAUAGUGUCUGGGCUGGUCUGUUGAAUGUGUCGGACCGUGUAUCCACAUGUUCGUCUAACUCAAGUGUUAUCUGUGUUUGUUUGACUGCCUUGUUUAAAGCAGCGAACAGGCUGUGUAAACUUGAAAUCUGCAGACUGACCCGGUUUCACCUGCGUCAGCCUGUGCGGUUUCACGCCAUACAAUCCUUUGUUCAUUCUGUGUUCACACAAAGUGUGAUAAUCUGAUAUCGUGCUUGUUGCCUUAUGUAUAUAAGGCCUGGGCAACAGGCUACCAUCUGUGAUGAGAGAGGAUACAUUUCUUAUUUUCAUCAGGGCUAUCUAAGGUUCACUCCACAUGAUCAUCAUUUCCUAUAUCACAAUUAAUUGGCAUGAAAAUAAAUAAAGUCCCAUCUGCUGUACAAAGGACAGUGUGUUUACCAGUGACACAACCUGCAUUGUAAUUGUAUUGGUGAGUGCCUAUUUCAUCAAUUCUUUAUGGAUAUUUUAACGAAGAGGUGUUUACAGUGUAAGCAAUGUAACAGGGCCUGCUGCUUAUAAGAUAAUCCGUUUCUGCGUUAUUCUGCAUUAUUUUUACCAGUGUUCAAAGUGGAUAUAGAAUUGUAAUUACAUUGCUUUAGUGUGCAAAUAAUGUGACCAUUAAUAAUUUGAAUGAAAAUGGAGAAGACAGUGGUUGUGGAUUAUUUUUGUUUUCCUGUAAAGGACGAGUUGGUGGAACGAAGUCAGAGCAGCUCUACUUAGUGAGUAAAGUGCUCUUUCCCUGGGUUCUGAAUAGGACAAGCACCUCAAGUCACGGAAACUAAAAGCGAUGCUUUUCCUUAAGCUGUUUCUUACUUUUUGUGAAGAAUGACAUUUAUGAUUGUAAUAAACUGUUGGAGGGAGAGCCACUAAAAUGCCACAGCGGCUGUGAAGAGAUUAAUAUAUUAAAUAUGGACAAUACAGAGGAUGAGUGGGAGAAAAAUAGACAGAGGAAGCAGUGUGUCAUGUUCUUCCCUGUGAGCAAUUCCCCAGUUCAGUGGAGUGAGACACAAAACAGCACAAACGGCAAACCUUGGGCUUUUGUCAGGGUUUGAAUUAUUAUCUGAACUUUGUGGAGGUUUCUAACAGCUGACUGAUAUAAAUACAUAAUAAAAUAUAUCCAGAUGGGUGUGCUUUCGGAAUGCUCAUCUCAUUAAGGCAACAGUUCUUUAGCAACAGUAUUUGCUCCUCUAAACGAACUACCUUUAAAUCCCUGCUAUUUCAACAGCUUGUUUAUGAGCAAUGCUGUCGCAGUGUCUUUUUGCACAACUACUUCUGGACAGGGCUACUUACAGUUCCAUUGACCCAGGCAUCCGAUUAAUAAACUCCAAUCUUUCUGAAAGGAAGAGAAUCUUGGCCUCCUUGCAGGCACGACGUCCAAGACCAUUCCCAUUUAGAAAUGUGGGGCCCAAAUGGGAUUAGUGUGGGUGUGCCCUGCCCACACUGUCCCACUUGGGGCCCGCACGGGCAUGUUUGCUGGGGGGUUCUCUCUCUCUCUCUCCUCGACCUCCACUGAUUAUGUGUCAGUUGUUCCACAUUAGCAGUCUUUCCCUUGCCCACAUUCGGCAGCAUUGGCAAAUUUGUUAGUUAUGUUUGUUUUGGGAGUGAAGUUUUUGUCAUUUCCUGUUUUAUUUUGGUGAGGCUUUAGGGUUUCCUGUUGGUCUGCACUUCGUCUACCUUGUUCUUGUCUUGUCUGAUUACCUUGAUUGUUUGCACCUGGUGUCAUUCCCUGAUUGUCAGCACCUGGUCCCCUUUCCCCUUCUUAAGUCACUCAUUUCCCUUUGCCAGUGUGUUUUUUUUGUCUCCAUGUUCGUCGUUACCUUGUUCAUGUUUAGAGUUACGAUCCAAGUUGAUCUAGUUUUCGUUUUCUAGUUAUAGGAUUGUUUUUUCGCCUUUUGUCUUGCCUUUGGCGUUCUUUUAUUUUUGUGUUUUUGAAUAGCGUUUUUGUUCCUGUUUUUGAGAGAGCAAUAAAGCCUCAUUUUUGGUUUCUCGUA